AUGGUGCACGAGGACGUUUUCAUCGAGCCGGUUUAUCGCACGUAUCGCGCACCGCCGUGCAGCUGGGCAAUUAUCUACAUCAAAAUCAUCAACAUUUUCAAGUAUCUACUGCCAUUAAUAGUAAUUUUCGCGACAGAGGGAAUUUGGAAGAAAACUGGAACUUAUCGCGAAAUUCCGAAAAUCGAAUUCAACGGAAAUUUCAUCGCUUAUGGUUAUGGCCCCGACAGCUCGAUUGUCGCCUCAUCGUACCCGGUGUUAAAUUCGGCGGCGUCGGCCCAACAAUUAUCAACAGCUCGGGUUUCACACCAUUUCGAGAACGAUGAGAACGAUCAAAAAUUGCUCAAUUUGGAUUUUGUGCUCAACACCCAAAAUUUGAGUCUAAACGCGUUCACCUAUGGAUUCGUGUUUGACUUCAAACUCGACUAUCAUUCAAUAAUCGAAGCCGAGCUCAUGCUCACCGACACGGUGCAGCUCGCGUUCCCAACAUCCGAGAUUCUAGUGACAGGCCGGCUAGGUGUCGAUCAAUCAAUUCCUUUCAUAAAAAACGACAAAUGGAAGGUGAUCAAUAAUCAACGUCUCGAUGUUGAACAUUAUCAAAUUAUGUCAAUUCUUGAACGAGACACGCGUUCUCCAAUUAAGCUAGAGGUCAAAAGAAAAUCGACAAUUUUUCUGCCGCAACCUCAUCCAACUCAUCAGCUAUCGCUCAAUCUCCGCCUAUUCAUCUCAGAGCUCGAGUUCACCUACAAAACUGGCAUCUGGGAGCUCCUCAAAUGGGCCUGGAUUCAAUAUUUCUCCAUUUAUAUCAUUUUCGCCUCAAUUUUCAACUCAAUUUCGUCAUUUCUGUUCCGAACCAGAGUUAUCUAUGCAACCGAUUCAUUCGCCAAAUAUACACAAUAA